CCCACCUUCAGCAACAACAAUCUUUGUCGCAUUCACGAACCGCCCCUGGAACACUGUCGCCAAUAGCUGUAACUUCGACUCAUCACUCCACACGCCACACAAUCACUUCAAAGACACCCAUCCACUAUCUAGAAAUCUCUAGAACAAUUAAGAUGGCAGCAACUACGCGCGCGAGAACUGGCAACUCUAAGCCCCGUCUUGUUCAGCAGAUUGAGAACGCAAUCGCGCCUACAAAACGCAGCACGACCACCAAGGCCAACACAUCGAAGCCCCGCACCAGCAAAGUAGCUUCUGGCCGCGUUACUAAACCCAAGGCUACCAGCAGCACAACUACUACCAAGAAGACUACUACGACCAAGAAACCUGCUGCAGCACCAAAGAAGACCACCGGUGCGAACGUGAAGACUGUCAAGAAGCCGAGGACAAAGACUGAGAAAGUUGUGGAUAAGAUUGUUGGAAAGGCGGAGCACAUCGUUGGUGAUGUUGAAGGCAAGCCAGGAAAGAAGGCCGCAGGUACCGCCAAAGCACGAGGCACAGAUUCGACCACCAAGCGUGCCGCACCGCGAACUCGAGGCGUCAAGGCCUGAGAGAAUCCUUGCAUUUGUUUGUUCCAUAGAAUGUGAUCGUCGCGGCCGCAUUUUCUUGCUACGUGCCUCGCUUGCAUCGUCACCUGUUUCUACGUAGAGCGAGAGCCAUGGGAUCCACCAUGUUUCCCCUUGGUUACGAGUUACGAUAAGCCUAGUUUCUUCCCUAGUUGUCAGCGUUCAUGUUCGGAAUGUGUAUGAUAAGAUACCCAGGCGUUUUUGAUGCUUUUGUUGUUAGACAAUAGGACUGUUACCAACCAACAUAUCCGAAUAUGUUUCAAUGUGUUUAUCUGCUUGUGAUUGUAGAACAGGAAGCAGUCCUUGUGACAGAUUAAUGUGCGUUGUGAGAAACCCGCAGCAUAGGGGAAUGUUCGGGUGCAUGUUUGAUACAACAAAGUGGUAUUCGCUCAUACAU